UUUUAUAUUAAAAAAACAACAGAGGGUGCAUAGAGCACUUCCACUCUUACACCAGCAAGCAUUUGAUAGUUCUCUGUCAGCAAGUUGCAGAAUCUGUGAUAGUUGUUUCAGUGGAGCUGUUUAAAAGUUGAGAAAUGUCAGGCUGCUUAAUGAAAACUGUACCAGUUACACAAGUAGUCGGAAAAUUUAUUAUUUCUGAGCUAAUGCCAAGAAAUUCAAAAGUAAUGACUGUGUUUACAUGAAGUUGAAAAGACGGAGAAUCUUUUCAGACCAGUUUGAAUUCUAGCUCCUACAGUAAAUGGAGUCUUUAAAAAUCCGGUGGAAGAUGAGUGGAAGAGAUCUUCCAGGAUUUGUUACCACUUAUAGGAGUAGUGAUACAGAUAGCCUGGUUGUACGUAUGAAAAAUGGUCUUAGGAGUAUGAAGUAUAAACCUAUUGAUUACGAGGAACUACAUGCAAUUACUGAAGCCAAGAAGUUGGAAUCUGCUAAAAUCUUGCUAAAAAUCAAAAAGACUGAACAUGCUUCAAGACUUAACAAAGAACAAAUGCUGCUGAAACAACAUAAACAAGUAUGGUGGAAAGAGCACAAAAGACUGCAUGAAAGCAGGCAAAGACUAGAAUCGGAUAUACAAGCCUUGUUUGAUGAAGGGAAUGAAUGUUUUUUUGACUUGUGGGAUUUGCGAUAUAAAUUAUCAAACAUGCUGGAUACAUUUCAAGCAAAUACGGUACAACCUGUAUGGCAGUUAAGAGAAGAUUUAAGAUACAGGCUGGUGGAAAUGCAGGCCAACCAAGAAUGUCAGGAAUAUGAGCUUAAUCCAGAUGCAGUGUUAAAAGAGGUGGAGUUUCUGAAGGCACAACAGCAAAUAGUCUUGGGAAAGCUUCAUCUUGAGAGAGUGGCUUUGGAACAGGAGCUUGAAGAAUUUGUAGAUGAAGCAUUGGCUUAUUCUUUAGAAGAGAAGAGUGCGCUCAUCCAUGAGAUACCUGCACAAUUAUUACUCCUAGAGUGCCCAUAUCCUGAUUUGAAAACUGCAGUGUUUACAGAAUUUGAUAAACUAGCAGAUGAAUAUUGGCUAAAGCUCCAAGAGGUUGAUCAAGAGUUAAAAGUCAUAUCAAGCAGUUUCCAGUGGAGUAAAGAUGAUCUUUGGAUUUAUCAGGUUAUCAUUAAUCAAUACCCGAAAGAUAUACAAGGCAGAAGAAAUCUCUACUUGGAUAUGCUACAGAAAAUUCUGCCUCACAAGUCCAGGCAAGAUCUCGUUGCUCACGAACGGGCUUGGGACCACUAUCAUUUUACUAGGAAUCAGUGGAGGGUGUUGAUGUUCAACUGGUUCCAAGCAAAGAAAGCAUUUCUACUGAAGGCAGUAAUGACUCUGGCAGAAGCAUGUGCUGCUCAUGAGACAGAAAUUAUGUUAGCCAAUAAUAGAAGAAAACAACAGGAAAUAUGUGUGGAUCUUAAGAAAAAGGUCCUUCAGUGGCGUGCGCAGCAGGAAGAGGCUGCCCAAUUGGAAGCUGCUAUUGCUGCCCGAAGAAAGGAAGAGGAAGAGGAAAAAAGGAAGUUUCAGAAGAAAAAAGAGGCACUUCAGAGAGCAGAGGAUAAAGAAAAAAUGAAAAAGUACUGGGCUGAAAAGCAACGCCAGUGGCAGGAGCUGGAAGCAAAAGAUCUACUGCGUUUGGCAGAAUUUAAGAAAUUAAUGGCUGAACAAGUGAUUAAAGACAGAGAAAGAGUUCAGUUUCGACAAAUGCUGUUGGAAAAGCGCUUGAUGGAGAAAAAAGAGGCAAUUCUCAAAGAAGCUCAUGAGGAAGAAGAAAGGAAGAGACGUCUUGAUGCUCUCAGGCAACAGGUUGCUGUUGUUGCAGAGUUUGAUCCUGCUCGAAUGAUGGCUGACACAAUAGCAUCUAAAGCUCGGAUGGGCAUUGGGGCAGCAGAAGAAUUUUUUCUGCAGAAGCCUCUCUUUGAGUUGCAUACAUUCAGUGCUGAGCAGAUCAUUUCUGACCCCCGUGUUCGAGUGGAGCUAGCUCUGCGGGAAGCUGGACUUCAUAAGACACUUUAUGCUCAAGAAAUUUUACCUAAAAUCCAUCCACCCAGACUUCCAAGAAGAGACAUGGAUUCCACAAUCUUUAAAAUGUAGUGCUGCAAAUUAAACGAGUCAAAACAUUUGGGACAGUCUGUUACCAAACCUUUAAUAAACUAUUUAAUUCAGGACAUAAGUUGGAUGCUGAGUUGGGGAGGAUAGUUUUAUUUAUUUAUUUUGUUUUUUUAAAGAAAAUUAUAAAUCACGUCAGCAAAAAAUGUUGCAUUGCCUGGGAGAGCUCAGUGAACCAUUUAUGUGGCACUCCCCCACAAUCUUUAGCAUUGCCCUGUUAUUGCAUAUUCGUGGUAAAAAUGGUCUGCUGGAGCUGCAGUCUAAUUAUCUGAGGUGAAAUCAUCCUUUUAGAUAAAAAUCUGCAAAAAGAGGGGGAGGAGGGAGGAGAAGAGAGUGACUGAGGGACUGAAACUGCUGGAUACAUUCAUCCACUUGGGGAAUGCACCUAAUUAUUUCCAUUAAGGUUAGAGAGGCAAUGUAGUGUGUUGAAUAGAAUGCCGGAUUUGAACUGGAAAAGCCUGGUUCAAUCCCACACUCACUGGCUAACCUUGAGCCAGUCUCUUGAGUUCAGAGAGAAGGAAGGGAAGUAUCACUAGUUCUGAUUUACUGUAUAUAUGUAUAUCUGUAUGCAGCCUUUUGACAUCUCUCCCCUCUCCUCCAUCCCUUAAGCAUCAUUCUUCUUUCCUGCCUGUUCCCUGGUAUCUAUAGUCAUGCAAAUAGCAGGUCUUCUUUCUUUUGUAGGUGGAACAUUUUACGGUAAAGGGAUAGCAAGAGACAAUUAGAUUUUAGUGGACCAUAUUUCUUAUAGAUAGGUUAUGCUUAUAAUAUAAUCCUUACCCAUAAUUUUUUUUAAAAUGGCUUGUAGGGUCUGCUUGGUUGUAUCCCGUGUCCCUUUCAUUGCAAGUUAUAUUACUUGAUUUAAAAAACAAAACAAAAACAGACUUGCCUUAUUAAUAUGAGCUACUAUUGCUUGAUUAUUAUUAUAAAUGGAAAUAAAAGCUUUCUCUACUUGUAGAAGCCAAUUUGAUUCAUCCUGUUUACUGCAAACCAAUCAUCCAAACAAUUUCAUUUUGCAAAUUAGCCCUUGAGAAUAAAUU